AUGAGUUAUUUAUUGGACGAUAAAAAAUUAAUAUUAAAAGAUUUGAUAUCGAAAAAUGAGGCCAUAAAGAGAGAAAACAAGCAUAUAGAACUUGAAAACAAAGCCUUUUUAUGUCUAAUUGAAAAAUAUGGAGAAAAAAAAAAAAUAUUAAAAGUUAUAGAAUAUAUACAUUAUGUUUGUACAAUGUUAUAUAAAAAUGAAGAGGAUUUUAAUUGUAUAAAUAACGAUGAUAAUUUUUUAAAAAAGGUCGAAAAAUUAAUAAAUAAUUCUAUAUUAAAGCCAAAACAAAUUUGUAAAAAUAUAUUAGAAAGUGAUAAUGAUACAUCAUUUAGUAAUUGCCUAGUUUUAGAUGCUAUUGAUAGUUUUGAAAAAAAAAAAAUUCAAUCAAAAAGUCAAGAAAAAAAUCAAAAAAAGAAUCCAAUAUAUGAUGUAAAUAUUAAUGAUAUAAUUGGAUUGAAAAGUAAAAUAAAUAAUGUAGAGAUUGAAAAUGUUGGUAAUAUAAAGAGUAGGGAUGAAAUAAAAAACGUUAACCAAUUAUAUGAGUGUUCCAAAGAAAAUAUAAAAGUUGUGGAUGUAGAUUGUUCAAAUAAAGACAAAGAAAAAGAGAUGAAAAAAAAAGAAAAUAUAUAUUUAAGAAAAGAAAAAAACAUUUGUUUGCAUUGGAAUGAAGAAAGUUCAAUUGAUAAUUUUUUUGAAAAUGAAGGACAUAUUCCACAAAAAAAUGCUAUAAUAAAGGAAUUAAACAUGAUGGGGAAGCAACAAUUAAUAUUUAACGAAAUUGAAAAAAUAAAAAAUGAAAUAAAAGAAUUAACUCUAUAUUUCGAAAAUACCAAAAUUAUUGUAAAUUCAGUAAUAUGCCAAUGUAAAAUAUUUUUAUUUGACAUAAAUGAUGAAAUAAAAAAUUAUAAAAUUAUGAAAGAAAAUAUAAAAAAAAAUAAUUUUUUAAUGAAAAAAUCUAAUACUAUAAAUGAGUUUUAUAAUAAUAUAAUGAAUAAACAAAAAAAAAAAAUUGAAGAAUCUCAAAAAACUAAUAAUACCUUAAUUAAUUUAUAUAAAAAAAAAUUUACAAACAUUAAAUAUAUUUUAUCAAAUAACAAAGACAUAAAUACUGUCGAUUUUUUAUAUUUACAUGUUCUAAUUCGAAAUAAAAAAUUAAAUUAUGAUCAUCUUAUGCGAACUCAUGAAAAUGAUUAUGCUCACCUCAGAAAGUUGAUUGGUGAUAUUAAUGCAAUAGAUAACGAAAUAUCCGAAAAUGAAAAAAAGGAAAAAGAUAUUUUAGCGAAUUUGGAAAAAAACAAUGCUAUAUUGAGUGAAAUGGAUUCAUUAAUUAUAAUUCUCACAAAUAAAAUUAACAAAACAAAUGAAAGUUCAAACAAGAUAAAUAAUUACGAGCAUAUAGAUAUUGCUGGAAAGUUUUCUGUCAUUGAAUUCAUAAAUCUAAACAAGGAAAUUUUGUCUGUGGAAAAAAAGAUAAAAUGUUAUCAAAGAAAGAUUGAAAAUAUAAAGAAUGUGGAAUCAAAUUACAAAGGAAAAGAGAUUUUAUAA